UGUGGAGCAAUGAUUAAUGAGUCGCAUUGCAGUAAUUUGUGCGAAUCUGAAAAAAUAUAUAAAAGAGCUGCAUUCGAUAUGCAACGACAUCAGUUCACUUUUGUCUUACCUCAAGUUCGUGCUUCUAAUACAAACAAAAACAACAAAAAUGUUCAAAUUGUUCGUGGCGAUAUCAACACUUUGCGCUUUGGCUGCAGCUCGUCCUGGAUACCUGCAUGGCGCACCUCUGCAUGCUCCUCUAUUAAGCUACGCUCCAGUGGUGCAUCCAGCUCCCAUCAUCAAGGUUCUUCCGCCAGCCAUCUCGCACUCGAGCUCAACAAUUGUCCAUGGCCAUCCAACUAUUAUUCACGCACCAGUUAUUCCAGCUGUGAAAACUAUCAUUGCUCCAGCUUAUCAUCCAGCUCCAUUGUUGAGCCCAUAUCAUGGUCUGCAUUUGGGACCACAUUAUCAUUAAAUUGAGUAGUGUUUCAAUGUGAGUGAGCGAGAGAUGAGGAAAGGUGUGAGGAAUAAAGAAGAAUAUCGAAAGGGAGAUUUUGAGCUUGGCAAAGAGGAAAGGGAUCAAUUUAUUAUAAAUUUUUUGUACAGUUUCUUAUUUGAAAAAUUUGUUUUUAUAAUUUUUUUGUAUAUUUUAUUUUUUUGUUGUUCUAUUAAAAAUGUGUUUUUCCAAAGUGAAUAAUA